AUGAGCCCCCGCUUCUCCAGGAGCCUUUCUGGGCCUCUGCGCGGUGCCGGGCGCAGUGCGGGGCCGCGUCGCUUCUCCCGACCCGGUUUUGAGCGGAAGAACGGACAAGCCAGCCGCUUCCGCUCCGCCGGGGGCAGAGAGCCUCCCGCGGUGAGUAAACUGAGCCGGGAGCAGCGGCGGCCGGGGACCCAGGUCUGCACGUGCCAGAGCCAGUCCUUACCCGCCGGGGCUGGGGGUUCCAGGCCCCUAUUUGCGGGGGGGUGGGCAACUCCCUCCCCCGGUCCGGGGGCCGUGGGUCUCCCGGGAUCGUUUGGGGACCCUCCCCGGCCUUUAACUUUCCUGGCUGUGCCCCACUCUCCCCCGCCCGCCUCGGUGCGCGGCCACCACCCGGGGGACCCCCGCAGCCAGCGGCUCUCCAGGAAUCGGGAAUUUCACGACGUUCCCUGCCCGGGCCUCGCGGAGGGCGGGGGCGGGGGCUGCAAGGGGCCAUCGCGCAAGUGCGGCCCCGGUCUCCGCCGCAUCCCGCGGUCCUCACCUGGGGCCGGGGCUACCGGGGGGAGGCGCGCCGAGCGGCGGAUCCGGGCUGCGUCCCUGCCCGCCUCGCCGCCCCUGCCGGUGGGUGGGCGCUUCCCUCCGCUCGCCGCCGCCGGGCAUGGGCGCCGCCGCCGCGGUCGGUUCCCGGGCCGGAUUCCGCGCGCGGGAACGACCGCAGCAGCCGGAGGAGGACGCGUGAGGAAGCGGGACCCUGCCCCACCCCCGCCCUCUCCUCCCCAGGGUGGGGCCUGGUUCCAGGGGGCGGCACUUCCCUGGGCCGACCCCCCUCUCUUCUCCCCAGUGAAGGACGAUGAGGCCUUCGAGAUCUCCAUCCCCCUGGAGGAGACGCCCCACCUGGACCCGCAGCUCUUCUACAGCCUGAGCCCCUCCCGGGGCAGCUUCGAGGAGCCUCCAGAGGCGGCGUCCCCCACCGCGGCCCUGAUGAGCGGCGUCAGGGCGCAGCUGCACAUGGCCCUGGAGAGGAACUCGUGGCUGCAGAAGCGCAUCGAGGACCUGGAGGAGGAGAGGGACUUCCUGCGCUGCCAGCUGGACAAGUUCAUCUCCUCUGCGCGCAUGGACGCAGAGGACCACUGCCGGGUGAAGCCGGGGCCCAGGCGGGCUGAGGGCGACGGCCGGGGCGGGGCAGCGGGCGAGGCCUCGGACCCGGAGUCGGCCGCCUCCUCGCUCAGCGGAGUGUCCGAGGAAGGCAGCAACCCCGAGAGGCGGCGGCAGAAGCAGAAGGGAGGCGCCGGCCGCAGGCGCUUCGGGAAGCCCAAGGCCCGGGAGAGGCAGCGGGUGAAGGACGCGGACGGCGUCCUCUGCCGCUACAAGAAGAUCCUGGGCACCUUCCAGAAGCUCAAGAGCAUGUCGCGGGCCUUCGAGCACCACCGCGUGGACCGCAACACCGUGGCGCUGACCACGCCCAUCGCCGAGCUGCUCAUCGUGGCGCCCGAGAAGCUGGCCGAGGUGGGCGAGUUCGACCCGUCCAAGGAGCGGCUGCUCGAGUACUCGCGCCGCUGCUUCCUGGCCCUGGACGACGAGACGCUCAAGAAGGUGCAGGCCCUCAAGAAGAGCAAGCUGCUGCUGCCCAUCACCUACCGCUUCAAGCGGUGAUCGGCCCCCGGGCCCCCCCACACCCCGCCCCGCCCGUGCAUGGGCGGGGUGCCCCUCGCCAGGCCUGGGGUGGGCAGCGUGCUUCUGCGUGUGCCUCCCCCGCGCCCCCUUGCAGACCCCCACUCGCACCCCAGGCCCCUGGUACCGAGCCCUGCCCUCCUUGCUUUCACCAUGCCCAGCAUCCUUCCCCUUCCCAGGCCUGGGGUGUCUCCUCACUCAGCCGGGCUCACGGGGCCCGGUCCUGCUCGUUCCUCCCGCCCUCACCGGGCCUUCCCUCUGGGAAAAGGGCGCGGACACUGUACAGAACUCGGUCUCCGACCCCAGCCCCGACCGAGGACCCGCAUUCAGGGCCACCCCCUAGUCCACACGAGACAGAGAAUUAAUUAUUCAGAGAAUUUAAAUUAAAGAGACGAUAAAAUUUGGAAUAAA